GUCAUGUGGGGGUUUAAUGGAUCAUGUCUGCAGGCACUGAAGGCCAAUCUGACGAUGGCUAUUUCUUUAAUGCUGGUGGCGUUCAUCGUCCCUCUGGUGGGAGCUCAGGUGCCCCACUGGGGAUCGUGUCCAGAACCGGACGUCCAGGCCUCCUUCAACCUCAAACUGUUCAUGGGCAGGUGGUUUGAGAUCGGAAGACUGCCGACUCAGUUUGAAAAGGGUGGCUGCAUGGAGUCCAACUUCACUUUCAAGACCAACAACUCGUUCCGAGUGGUCAGCUCGCAAAUACAAAAAGGUACGCUGAGGACGAUUGAAGGCACCGGUGUCAUAGAGGAUCAGAUGCAUCCUGCCAAGCUUGGAAUAAGCUUCUCCUACGUGCUGCCCUACUCCCCCUACUGGAUCCUGUCCACGGACUACGUCAACACGGCCGUUGUCUACUCCUGCACGGACGUCCUGAGGGUCUUCCAUCUGGACUUCGCCUGGAUCCUGGCGCGGACGCGAACCCUGCCGGAGUCGGCCGUCGACAAGGCCAAGGAGACGUUUGCCAGCAAAAACAUCGACGUGACCCGCAUGAUUGCCACCAAUCAGAGAGGCUGCGAUGAGUGACGGGCAAUAUUAAAUAGUUGAAAUGGCUUAAAAUUGAAGGAAAAUG